GUGACGUCAUCGAAAGAGGGCGUGUUCUGAGUGAACGCGACGUGCCAAGCUACGCCUCCUAUACAUGUUGAUACGAGAAAUAAGGAAGAAGAUAAUAAAUAGUAAGGAGGAUAAGUACGUGGAAGAUAACAGGACUUUCGAGUUCCUGAAGCGAGUUAGUAUCGAGGGAGAAGUGGAUGAGAGGAGACGUAUCAGCUGAUUCUCUGAGAUAAGAAACUCCUAGCCAGCAUGAGUGUCACUCUAGUUCGAGUAGCUGGCCCGGGCGAGGAUGACAGAAUUAUUAAACUGAGUAACUUCAAGAUUCCGUUGACUCUUCCAGCUAUACUAGGGAGAGGAUCUUUAUUGAAGUGUGGCGAGAGAAAGUUGUCAAGACGCCAUGCAUGCCUUGACUGGGAUGAUGAUGAUCUUCUACUAACCUCAACACAUCAGAACCCAACCUAUGUGUUAGUUGGAGGUGAAGAGAAGCAGUUGACGAAUGGCGAUUCUGCCCAGCUUUCACACGGAGACCAGUUUGGGCUUAUGCAGAAUGGCUUUUGGUUCAGGCUUAAUCUCAGCAGUGCCAAUGCAGAGACAGACAAGUCCCCCAGUGCCGCAACAGCAAGCAAGAACACGAGCAAGGACGUCGAUGAGGAAGAGGUAGCAGGCCAGAGUAAAGACAUUGUAGAAAAUGGUCAAGAUGAAGCAGCUGAGUCCAGUUCAAAGGCAGAGGAAAGCAAUGGAAUCAAUAACAAUGUGGAAAAUAAUGUUGCAAAAGAGAAGGAGGAAGAGGAUGAGGUAGAGAAAAGCAAUAAAGACGAAGAAAAGGAAGCGGCAGAAACAGUGGAAAAAAAAUCCAAGGAUGUCCAAAACGGCUGCUCAGAUCUCAAAGAUUCAAAUGGUUCAGAAGAUGCCUCUCCACAAGAAAAAUUAGCUCAGGACAUACAGGCAGCAGUGUCUCCAAGAAAGAGGAAUCUACCCUCGUGGUUAUUAAAGGCCAGCACAAAGAAACCAGAGGAAAAGGAGAGUGCCCAGACUGCAAAGAGUACACAUGGAGGUGACAAGAAGCGCACAACUAAUGCAAAGCGCAAACAACCUGAUGCUUCUGAAGAUACACCAUCAAAGGUUAAAAGACAAGCUGUGGGUGAUGAAGAUACCACUCCAAAACAGAAAGCAAAAUCACCUGCCAAACCAAAGCUGUCAAAGCUCCAUGAUGUGAGUGACGAAAGUGGUGAUGAAGGCCAGAGCAAUCAACAGAAGAGGACCAAGCAGAGCACCCCAAGGAAAGGCAUAAAGCAGACCCCCAGUCCCAGAAAGAGUCCGGCAGCCAAGAAAUCUCCUUUAAAGAAUGCCGGCAAAAGUCUCCACGAUAUGAGUGAUGAGAGUAGUGAUGAAGACAUAGAACAAUCCAGUAAUGUUGCUAAAAAGGAAAACAAAAGUCCUACUAACAAGAAUAAAGCCCCAAGUAAACAGUUGGAAUCAGAUGAGGAGACACAAGGGACAUCUACUGCAAAUAGAAGAAAAGCAGCUGCAGCUACGCCAUCACCCGUCAAAAGAAAGAAACGUGCCAGAAGGUCAUGCCAGUAUGGGUCUAACUGUUAUAGGAAGAACCCUAGCCACAGGGCACAGUUUGCUCACAUUGGAGACUCAGAUUACCAGGAAGAAGAAUCAGCAUCAGAAGACCCAGAUGACGAUCGUCCUCAGUGCGAGUAUGGAGUUGACUGUUACCGUACAAAUAAAAAACACCGCAAAGAAUAUCGCCAUAGCAGGGUUCCACAGCCCAAGAGAAGAGCUAAGCACAGAGCACAAAAAAAGAAGGCAGAUGGGGGAAGCGACUCCGAAGAUGAGUAUGACUACGAUGACCCCUUCCUGAAUGACGAGAGCUCGGAUGACUACGCACCAACGGACUCAGACUCGGACUCCCCAAUUGAGGAUGCAGAGGAAGAGGACAACACGAGUAGAAUGUUGAAAGAAGCAAAGAAAUUCAUUAGAAAAAGGAGAUGAAGAUGAUACUGUGUUUGUAUCACCUUUUCUUUGAUGUGAGAGCCUUUGCUGUGGUGAUUUGAGAGAUUAUGUUUACAAUGACUUUUGCAAUAUGACUUUAAUAAGAUGACACUUAUUGAUUAUGUCUGAUUAUUUUCUACUUUUUUUAUUAAGGAAAGAGACUUGGUGAAUCAAAUCUAUACCAUUUAAUGGAUAUCAUUCUAUUCAUCUCGAACAUUAUUUAGCAGAUUGAAGAAUAAUGCAGAACCUUUUUGAACUAAAGCUUUGGAAAAGUAGUAUGUAGUGACACUGAAAAUGAUACAAAAACGUUAUUGUUAAACAAGUAACAAGUAAAGUAAGAAAGGCAGUAGGAAACACUGACCAUUUACACUUACAAAUGAUCACUCACCAUCUUUUUGCUGGUUAUUAGCUAGUUAGUCACUGUUUAAUACCAGUUUUUCAUCAGAUUUUUAAUGAAAGAAACGUUUUGCUUAAGUAGACUAUGAUAACUGAAGUACACAUUUUGGUACCAGCGUUUCUUGAGGAGGUGAGGAAGAUGAUGUAGUCAGCUUCAUUUUCAUUGACUUUGGUGUUUAAAUUCAAUUAUUUGACUAAAUAUUUCAUACCUCAUGUGACAUCAAGGGUUGUACCACAAAAUGUUACUUUAUACUGUCAUGUUGACGAAAGAGUACCUGCUGUACAGUAUUAUUUACAUGCUAUUAGAUGUAACCCCUGAGAGGAGCUAAUUAGUUUUAAUUGUGAAUUUGGUUAUCAUGCUAGAAAAUUGAAAGACGUGGAACAAUCACUUUGGAAUAACCUGUUGACUACAUCAUCUGGUCCAACUAUUUUCAGCUUCAGAUAGUUUGACACUCACUUUUAUUCUUAAAUGAACUUUUUUAAGGUCUUUCUGGAUAGAACAGGAACUCACUUCAUAUUUAGAAGGAAUAAUGGAUUCUGUUAUUUUAUGUGUUGUUAGUAUUUUAAACUAAGUUAACAGUUCCGUAAAGCAAAGAAUCAUGGAAAAGGAUUCAUUCAUUACUAAUUUUGGCUCAUGUUAUUAGCAUCCUUAUUGAAAUUAUGUUCAUUACUAGUAAUAUUGCUGCAAUAUAUAAAUAUAUUUUUAUAAUGUUAAAAACUCUAUGAAUCAUUUAAAGACAAAGGAGUACAAACUCUCAAAAGAUGUUGACAAUGAUUUGAUGUGUACUGUCAUAUACUCAUGAAUGGGUCACAGAUGGUAGGGAAAUUGACUGUGAUAAUAAGGAAUUGGAUCAGAUAUGCUUCUGUACUUUUUUUUCGUCUUCUACCCCUUAUUCCUUCAUAGGUAAAUGUCUAAAUUAUAACUCGAUUUUAAAUGUAAGCCUUCAUUGUAGUUUAUGUGAAAUAUAUAAUUUUCAAUAUAUGUCGGGUCAAAACUAGCACAGGUAUAAUGCAAUACAAACCAUGGUGAUCCUACAGUUUGGGUAAAUCAAGGGAAUAUAAUAAUUUUGAUAGGUAGCAGUGCUAAGCAUUUCAGUGUUAUGAACUUCUUAUAUAGUCUUCAUUAAUGAUAUGCUUACUUCUGCAAUAUGAACUAAAUUAAGCCUUUUAUGUGUGUAUGCAUGCAUGCAAGCACAUGGGUAUGAGUGCAUAUGUGUGUCUGAUUUAUAAGACUGCACUGUUAAGGAUAUGAUAUUUCUAAUUUUACAUUUGAUUUUGUAUAAAACAACCAUAUGUAUAUGUAUAAGUUUGUAUAUAAAAAUGUUUUAUUCUAUAUACACAUGUUGAUUUUCAUUUAAGUCAAGGAAUAUAGUGUAGCUGCUAUAGGAAACAUACCCAGUGAUAUAUUGUGUAUAUUAUUCAGUAAAAAAAUGUUUUUGAGGCUGCUAUAUAAAAGGGAAGUGAUACUUAAAGAAACACAGAUCGUACUUUAAUAAGAGUUACUCAGUAGUUCACUGUAGUUCUUUUCAUAUUCCUUUUUUUUUUUCUCUUUUUUUCUUUUUUUCUUGGUGUAAAAAUUGUUUUUAUGUAAAUUUUGUAUUCAUUUUUGUGUGAUAAUGACAAUGCAGCUGGAUUUGCAAAAUGAAUUUUACCCAUGAACCAAAAAUAUCUGCACAGCUGAUCUAAUGAAUAAUGUAACAUUUUUUUUAUAAUAAAUUUCAAAAUAUCUA